GGCGGCGGAGCCCGGAGCGGAGGCCGGAGGCUCCCGGCCCGCCGGCCCCGGAGCGGAGCGGAGCGGAGGAUGCAGCAGCCGCAGCCGCAGGGGCAGCAGCAGCCGGGGCCGGGGCAGCAGCUGGGGGGCCAGGGGGCGGCGCCGGGGGCCGGGGGCGGCCCGGGGGGGGGCCCGGGGCCGGGGCCCUGCCUGAGGCGGGAGCUGAAGCUGCUCGAGUCCAUCUUCCACCGCGGCCACGAGCGCUUCCGCAUUGCCAGCGCCUGCCUAGACGAGCUGAGCUGCGAGUUCCUGCUGGCUGGGGCCGGAGGGGCCGGGGCGGGGGCCGCGCCCGGACCGCAUCUCCCCCCACGGGGGUCGGUGCCUGGGGAUCCUGUCCGCAUCCACUGCAACAUCACGGAAUCAUACCCUGCUGUGCCCCCCAUCUGGUCGGUGGAGUCUGAUGACCCUAACUUGGCUGCUGUCUUGGAGAGGCUGGUGGACAUAAAGAAAGGGAAUACUCUGCUAUUGCAGCAUCUGAAGAGGAUCAUCUCCGACCUGUGUAAACUCUAUAACCUCCCUCAGCAUCCAGAUGUGGAGAUGCUGGAUCAGCCCUUGCCAGCAGAACAGUGUACACAGGAGGACGUGUCUUCGGAAGACGAAGAUGAAGAGAUGCCUGAGGACACAGAAGACCUAGAUCACUAUGAAAUGAAAGAAGAGGAGCCAGCCGAGGGCAAGAAAUCUGAAGAUGAUGGCAUCGGCAAAGAAAACUUGGCCAUACUGGAGAAAAUUAAAAAGAACCAGAGGCAAGAUUACUUAAAUGGUGCGGUGUCUGGCUCGGUGCAGGCUACUGACCGGCUGAUGAAGGAGCUCAGGGAUAUAUACCGAUCACAGAGUUUCAAAGGUGGAAACUAUGCAGUCGAACUUGUGAAUGACAGUCUGUAUGAUUGGAAUGUCAAACUCCUCAAAGUUGACCAGGACAGCGCUUUGCACAAUGAUCUCCAGAUCCUCAAAGAGAAAGAAGGAGCCGACUUCAUCCUACUUAACUUUUCUUUUAAAGAUAACUUUCCCUUUGACCCGCCAUUUGUCAGGGUUGUGUCUCCAGUCCUCUCCGGAGGGUAUGUUCUGGGCGGAGGUGCCAUCUGCAUGGAACUUCUCACCAAGCAGGGCUGGAGCAGUGCCUACUCAAUAGAGUCAGUGAUCAUGCAGAUCAGUGCCACACUGGUGAAGGGAAAAGCACGAGUACAGUUCGGAGCCAACAAAUCUCAAUACAGUCUGACAAGAGCACAGCAGUCCUACAAGUCCUUGGUGCAGAUCCACGAAAAAAACGGCUGGUACACACCCCCGAAGGAAGAUGGCUAACCCUGGAGAGCGGUCCCCUUCCUCCUUCCCCAGGCACCACUGGACCAAUUACCUUUGAAUGCUGUAUUUGGAUCUCACGCUGCCUCUGUGGUUCCCUCCCUCAUUUUUCCUGGACGUGAUAGCUCUGCCUAUUGCAGGACAAUGAUGGCUAUUCUAAACGCUAAGGAAAAAAAAACAAAAAAAAAAAACAAAAAAAACACAGAACUGUUUCAAGUACUCAAGACUGACUUACAGACCAACCAACCACCUGGCUGGAACCCUUGCUAGCAGGCAUUCUUAUAAAAGAAACUUUCGAGCCUCCUUAUAUUGCUGGAAACUCAGCUGUGCUCCAGACUAGAGCCUCCUUACCUAUGCUAUGGAUUUUUAAUUUAUUUUCUCUUAUUUCAUGUACACUGCUUUUUUUGGUUACAGUGUAUGAUGGAUGUGUAUGAAAAAAAAUGUAUCUUUGGGAAAACAAUUACAGUUUGUUAAUUUGAA